UCUCUCUCUCUUCUCAUCUAUUUCCGCUGGACCCGAAAGAUCUGCAACUCAACAUCAGGGAAGACAACGCAAAUGAAGCUAACUCCCCGGAGAAGAUUUUCCGGCUGUCCAUCUCCCUGAAACAGAAUUGGACUUUUUAUGAUGUAGAAGUGGCAUGCAGUCUUUAUUCUUAAGGGAAGAAAGAAAACCUUCGCUAUUGGUACUUUGGUCUCCACCAUUUGUUUGUUUUAGGCAUUUGCUUUUAUUUCCAUCCUUAGAAGCUUUUGGUUGGUAGAUAUGGAAAUGGAGGAGGUUAUGAUUCAGAGCAAUAUUAUGGCCACGGAUAAAGCAGGCAAUGUUGUUUUAGACAUUGAAAGCCUGAAGCAGCCUCCAGAGAAACGUUGCUCUGGGAGUAAGUCGCUUGCUCGUAAGGGUUCCUACCGGAUGGAGAAGCAAGAAACAGAGGAGCCAUCCAAAAAUCUUUUUAUAAAAGUGCUGCCUCCACAACUGGAUCAACUGAAGCUGCCAUUGGUUCAGAGCAAAGCUUUGAUAACUGUACCUUCUGUGCUUAAUAGCCCUAUUUCAGCUGACUCUGGGGAUGGAAGAAACAAAAGGUUCCAGCGUUGGACAACUAUUCACCCCCGGAAAAUACUCCUCUUUUUUGCGACCAUGUCGAGCAUUGGAACAAUGACUCUGAUAUACUUCACUCUCGCCAUUAACAGAAGAGGUGGACUGUAGCUGCUUCUUGUGAAAGUUAGGUAGGAAGACAGCUCUCUCCUUUACUGUUCUGAAUGUUUUGAAAGCAAAAAAGAUCAGAAAAGAUCUGACCGUCGUAACUAAUCUUCUUUAUCCAUAUGAAGAAUUUUACAGUAAAAAGCCAGGAGUUUAGAAUAGAAGAUGAUGCUGAGGUAGAUGAAUGUGAGCUUUAUUAUGUGGAUUGCAGAUUCCAAUAUUUAUUACUGUGUAGCUUUUUUUGUGAGGAGGACUCUUUAAUUUCUUCCAGAUUUGUUAUUAAUUGCAUCAGAACCAUCUUCAUGGCCUUUAUUUAGUGCAUUCAAUGCAGAAGGUUUAUGAUUCCUAGAACUUUAGAACCAUGAAUGUAUUUUUAUUUAUAAUGUUUAUGCUUUA